AUGUUGACUCACAGGCUCGUUAAUGUGAUCGAGUGCCUUUAUCAAACAAUUAAAAUGAAAAGUCAACGAAACUUUGGGAUUCGAUGGUCAGUAGCAGUCAGUUUACCGGAACCUUUAAAUAAUAAAGUUACUUUGCCUUUUCUUCUAGUAAUGAAAAUGGUUCCGUGGUUUCCGAGACAUAUUUCCGAACUGGAUGUGGUAUCGAACAAUGUUUUCAUGUAUGGAAAGCACCUUGACGCCGAUCAUCCAAGUUUCAAAGACGAGGCUUACAGAAUGCGUCGCAUCGAGCUUGCAAAUAUGGCAUUCAAGUAUAGUUAUGGACAGCCUUUACCCCGCAUUGAGUACACAAAGGAGGAGCGAGAGACAUGGGGAACAGUGUACCGAGAACUGCUGCAGCUUUAUCAAACGCACGCAUGCAAGGAGUAUCUUGAGAACAUUCCACUCCUGCAAAAGUACGCGGGUUACAGAGAAGACGACUUGCCACAACUGGAAGACGUGUCCACAUUCUUGAAAAGGCAGUCUGGAUUUACUCUACGCCCAGUGGCCGGCUACAUUUCUGCUCGGGACUUCCUCAAGGCCCUGGCCUUUCGGGUGUUUUACUGCACGCAGUACAUUCGACACAGCGCAGACCCCUUCUACACUCCUGAACCGGACUGCAUUCACGAGCUGAUGGGACAUGUGCCACUUCUAGCCAACCCCGAAUUCGCAAGAUUUUCUCAGGAGUUGGGACUCGCCUCCCUUGGAGCCUCUGAGGAGGACGUCAAACAGCUCGCCACGCUCUAUUUUUUUACGGCCGAGUUCGGAAUAUGCGAGCAGGAAGGCCAGCUGCGCGCCUAUGGUGCGGGCCUUUUGUCUUCUGCGGCCGAACUGAAGCACGCUCUAAGUGAUGCCGCUGUAAGAAGACCCUUUCAACCGGACGAAGUUGUGAAGACCGAAUGUAUGGUAACCACGUACCAGAACGUCUACUUUACUUCAUCCAGUUUGAAAGAAGCACAGGACAAGUUGAAUCACUUCAUUCAACGUAUAAAGCGACCGUGGCCGAUCCACUACAAUGCUUACACGGAGUCAAUUGAGGUGGUUGAGGGUCCGCAUCAGGUGCUCUCGCUUAUUGACGACAUUGAAAGUCAACUUUUUUCAGUGAGGGCUGCAUUGAACCAGUUUGUCGCUUGCCAAGGUGAAGAUCCCCUGGUGGCAUGGAGAAUGGCUGCACCUGAAGUGAUGCCCUAA